AUGCCUACCAUCCCCACUGCGCUUCAAGCCCGAUCGACAGCGCCUAUGAAUCCCGCUUCAGUAAUGGCGCCGUCACCUAGCAAGAAGCGCAAGGCCGAAGAAGCGAACCCGAUCUCCAAGAGCGGCUCUGAUAUGGCGCAGCGCAGCGAUCCAUCCUUGACAGCUCCUACUCGCGACCAUCUCCUUCCGAACGGGCACACAGACGAUCAGAAGACGCCAGCAAAGCGCCUGAAGACCACCCAUGCGAAGCGCAAUGUAGCUCCAGGUCCUGCCGCGAGCACCACGAGUCGCACUAUAGCCUCUAGUCGUGUAUCAGCCACUGGCGCAGUGCAUGUCGCAACAAACGAUACGCCUACACAAAGCUCGAUGACAAUGUCGACAGAGUUGAGGGCUGCGAAGACCAAGGUUCACAACAGCGCUGUGUCAGGUGCUGAAGACGUGUACAUCAUGGAGACAGAAGACGACACUGCUUCAGAGGAAGAGGCUUCUGCCUUCGAGGAAGAGCAUUAUGCUUCAGAGGAAGAGCAUUAUGCUUCAGAGGAAGAGGAAAAUGAUGUAGAGGAAGAAGACGACGACGCAGUUGCACAACAACUGCGCGCUAGAGCGACAGGUAAGAGCCUAUCUCGUCUUUGCCAUGGGCGUUUCCAGCUGACAAACACAGUCUUCAGUCCACCACCUCGCCCAGCGAUUACACCUUGGGACUACGGAUUCCCAGCGCCGACACACCCCUAUCACGACCAGCCCAGCUGUCCAAUCGAUUGGAGUAAAGUGGUCAUCGAUUCCAAAGUUCCCAACAGGUGCCAAAACGCCUACGAGCUACGUAGGCCAUGGCAACAGGAGCCAGUCGCUUGGGACAAGAUGGCAGAACUGGGCAAUGUCAGUGCAGAGGGCGUACGUAAGCGUUUCGCGUCGGCCAAUAAGGCAGUCUUUGAGCUCACGGGAGUUUACUUCGCCACGAGCCCCCUUGGGCUUGCCGAGCAUGACAUCCCCUUGUACGCAGAGCUGAAGAACUUCCUUCCAGACACAAGCGAAGCGUCUCCGGUUCUGGGCAAAGAACCUAUCAUUAACCCAUUGCUCUACGACGGCGAGGCUGUUCAGCUUGUGGUAUUUCCGCCUGGGCAAGAUGGUGGCGUCAAUCGCUUUGUAACGCAAGAGGUCAUGGACCUGCUGCCGAUCAACGACCAACACUUUCUUGAGUACUCUCUCGAUAAUUUCGAUCGGUGGUACACCUCGGUUUUUCUAGGUCGUCGUCACACUUUCCCGAGACGCAUAUACCGCCUGGAACCAUACGAUGACACAAGCUUCAUUCACCGCGAUAACGGCACACCGUCCAUCGCGAUGAGCGAUUUGUUUGAGACAUAUCGGCUCUCCCAAGCGAUGGCGACUACGGAGGUCAGCGAUAUGAUUCUCGACGAGAUUGUCCUGUCUUUCAAGCAAGAAAUCGAGCUUGUCAACAAGCACAAAGAGGGAAGUGUCACCAUGAAGGAUUGCGACAGCACCAUCCAGUUCAUGAGUUUUGAAAUUGGCGACAUCAACCUACUGUGGGAGCACACCAAGGCCAAUGAUAAGAUCCGUAUGGUAGUGCUCGAGUCAUUGUUUGACCAAGUUGAGCUGUUACGAGCUAAAGUGGAAAAGCAAAAGCGUCAUCUGAACAGGGAUUUCGUGAUAGACUGGUGCUUCCACACCAUUCUCUUAAUGAUGGCCGGGCCUUGCGACAUUGUCCAGAGGUUCAGACGGGGCGAGGGAAAUCUCCAAGAUUUCUGCGCCCGGUACCACGACCAUGGGAACUCUAAGUCUGAGUGUUUCCGCGCCAAACCUGAGUCCUCCAAACUCAUUCCCGAGGAGACUGACGAACCCAGGAUCAUCAAAGUUCGCUUCGGUACUGUGGAUCUGGAGAUCGAGGAUCGCGCUAGCUAUGCCGGGGUCAUCUUCCGCUUUGAGCGUCUAGUAGAGGACAAAUCGGAGUGGGACUGGCUGCGCAUACGCUCCAUCGCCACGUUCGUUGAAGGCCCUCUAGUUCCUGAUGCUCGCCGCAGGAAGUGGCACCUGGAGCCGAUCUAUUAUGAGCUGGAUACCAUCGAUGCCCAUGGCCGAUACCCUUGCCAUCCAGGUUAUCAGAACCAGGAUUGGACACAUCCGGUUGGAGAGCCAGAUGUCUACGACGAGCCAUGGGGGAAGGUCAUCAGGCGCGAAGUCCCCGCGGGCGCGACCAAGUACCGCGAGACCAAGAUACCCGCUGGCAAGGACGAGCAUGGGAAGAUAAUUUUCAAGGUGACAGAAGUCUUCUUUGAGAUUGAAGACCCGCGUUGGUACCCUCCUAAUGACUGGAAUGCGGACAUGGACCCUUGCGAUUUUUGGCCCCAGGAGCUCAGGGAGUAUCGGAGGUGGCUCUGGGUUGAAGAAGGAGGGACGAUCCCGCGGAUUGAGGUUCAGCGGUUUCGACCUUAUGAAGACGACACUCGUCAUUGGAAAGAGCCUUUUGUGGAUCGGAUGAACAAGUUGAGCGUUUUUGACAUCCUUAAUUGA